CCUGCUUUAUUCCCAACCCGUUCGUGGUUAUUCUCGGCUAAGACUAGGCAAGGCUUCGUAAAAGUCUGUCAAUCAAAAUCGGAUGUCAUUGUAUUGGAUCUAGAAGAUUCCGUUGCCCAAGAGAUGAAAGCCAAACAACUGAACGAAUACGUUAGUGGCUUGAAGAAUGGAAUAUUCCAAGGCAAGAGAUUCUUCGUGCGUUUGUGUGGCCUAAAUAACGAGGAGUUAGCCAGACAAGUAGAAGUUUUGACGACGCCAGCAGUUUACGGCUUUGUGCUUCCUAAAAUCGAGGGCCCUUUUUGUCUAAAAGAAUAUGAAAAACUGGUGAAAAGCGCGGAAGAUAAAAACGAUUUACCCUCGGGCUCGAUAAAAUUUGUCCCUAUCUUGGAAACAUUGGAGGCUUACUUCAGUGCGGAGCAGAUUGUCAAUGGUUCUGCCAGGAAUGUUGGGGUUUUCGCUGGGUUUGCUGAUUUUGAGACACAGGCGUAUUGCGAGGCAAAUUCUGCAACUUGCGAGACAUUUUUUAGCCAAGUGGUCUUGGCUGCUAGAGCUGCGCAGAUCUUGCCGAUAGCUGGGGCAUGGGACAAGUUGGACGAUCAUGUUGGCGCAGACAAAUUUUAUCGCAAGAUGAAGGCUUGUGGGUUUGCGGGAGCAGUAGCAUUAACACCCUCCCAAGCUAUACUAGCUAAUGUCGCUUUUUCAUGCUCGCCCAAAGAGCGUCAAUGGGCUGAAGAYGUAAUGGCAUCAAGCGAAACUAUUUCAGUUGUACAGCCAUCGAUACAAGAGAGUCGACAGAUGGUAGGUCCACCGCACAGGUUAAUAGCAUCGAGGAUUUGUCAAGAGAACCAGUAUAUCCAAGACGUGUCCUUAGUAUCAGACAAACCAGCUCUUCUUCCUUGGAGAACGCGUCAAAGAGGUUUAAAAGAUGCAGUCCAAAUAGGUCGUACCUUGCGUCCUCCAUUAGAAAUUACGGUCACCGAAUCAUGGAAGGCACUUUGGGAAAGUGCUUUUUUGACGGUCAAUCGUCUCAACACAAGCAAUGAGUUUGCGUCGAGGCUAGGUUUGAAGUCAGCACCUCUUUCAUUCACCUUGAUUAACACGCUGGCUUUAUCUCUGACCGUGACAAGCUUCAGCGAAUCUGCAAGGGUUCAUCUUGGGUGCUACGAUGCGAUGCAGAAGAAACCUGUCUUUCCUGGAGACACUCUUAGCAGUGUGUGCCGCAUAGAUGAUGCUAAGAUCCUCACGACCAAAGGAGGCAAUCAAUAUACUGUGGUGUUCUCGUCACAUAACUUGGUCAACCAGAAAAACAAGAAGGUUUUUACUGUGCAAAAACGUACCAUGUUUCCACCUCUCAAGAUUGAAAACCGACAACAAGCUAUUGACAAUGUCAUUCUCGACGAAGCCAAUGAAACGUCUUGGAGACAAUUCAUAACCAGCCAAUCAACAGCCCUCUUGUCUCCUACAACUGCGCAUGCUCAACCAUCGUUAUCAACAGGCGAGUUAAUCAUUCACAAUGAUUAUAAAUGUUUUGGGGUCUCUGAAACAAGAAUGUUGUGCAAACUCUUCAAAAUCACCAACGCUCACCACCACAACAUCGUUCGAUAUUCCCCAAGCGAUAUUCUAGUCUCUGGUCCGUUCGUUAUCGCUGCCAUGGUCAGUAACGCUGAGUAUGACGUAGGUGAUGUGGUCUAUGACGAAUACCCUAUGCACAUCAACAUUAACAAGGUGAACCCUGGAGACCAGAUAGGUACGUUAACUUUCGUCAAGUCCAUUCGUCGUCUGGCUGAGAAUGAUGAUUUGGAAGAGAUCACCCUGCACCAUAUUGGAGUGAAGAAUGUUGAUCUGGAGUGGCUGGAAAUCUCUGGUGUUCCAGAAGAUCUGUUUGGGGAUGAGCUAAAGAAACCUGCGCAUUAUGAGAAAUUAUGUGCGGCACAGUGCCCGAUCUUGUAUCGUAAGAUAGCUUGCCAAGCAGUUAGGAAAAUAGUCCGUCGGUGUUAAUCGAAAAGUCUGUGUCGAGUAGUAGCGACAAACAAGUGGGUACGUCGACUGUUAUUAUAAGAAAGAGAGUGUUUUCUUAAUAGACCCUUUCAGCCCCGAGAGGGAGGGGGAG